AUGGCCAGCUCGUCUCUGAAAGUCUUGGAAGCUGUGAAGCGUGGAUUUUCGGCGGAAUUUGAGAUGACGGAUGCAGGAGAAGUAAAGCAGUUCUUGGGAAUUUCCGUGGAACGAGAUGCGCCGAACGGGAUCAUGCGGAUUCAUCAGCGCAACUAUUUCGAAAACUUGCUGCAACGUUUCGAGAUGAAUGACAGCAAGCCGAUAUCCACGCCUUUGGAGAAUCGAUUGAAGCUGACGCGAGGAAUCGAAGAACAGAGGACGUCGAAGCCGUACCGCGAGCUCGUUGGCUGCUUAAUGUACGCUUCGCUAACGACGAGACCGGAUCUUUCAGCAGCCGUGAACUACUUUAGUCAGUUCCAGUCUUGUCCGAACGAGAAUCACUGGGUUCACCUCAAACGGAUGUUAAGAUACGUCAAGGAGACUCUGGAUGUUGGACUGAUCUUCCGGGAUGAUGAGUGUUCGCCAGUGUUGGAAGUAUAUUCGGAUUCAGAUUGGGCUAACGAUUUGGUUGAUCGUCGUUCCGUAACCGGUUGCAUCUUCAAGUUGUUCGGUUGCACUAUAAGCUGGAUAACACGGAAGCAGCACACCGUGUCAUUAUCAUCGACCGAGGCCGAGUUGUCAGCAUUGUGCACAGCAGCUUGUCACACGCUGUGGCUGAUACGCUUGCUACGGGAUCUGGGCCAGAAGAUCGAUGAGCCGAUAGUGGUUCAUGAAGACAAUCAGUCUACCAUUCGGAUCGCCGAGGACUGUCGUGAUCAUGGCUGA